AUGGAUGUGAUUAAAAAUUCGGGAGUGAACCUCUACCAAGGAAAGGACCAACCUAAUAAAGUUAAAGGCAAAGGGAAAGGAAAGGGAAAACCAAAGGAUGGAAAGAAGGCAGCAUGUUAUGUGUGUGACAACGAAGAUCAUAUGUCUCCAAAAUGCCCAGACAGACUGCUACCAAAGAUCCAAUGGAAGAAUCAGGAUCAAUAUGUCGACUAUGGGAAGAAGCUCAAUCUUAACCAGAUUGGAGCAACUGUCCCAGCUACUGUUCCAGCUAUAGUUCCUGGAGUCUCAGCAUCCACAAGUGGAGCAUCAAGUGCUGUGGGAAGCGUUAACACACCUUUGCGACUUGCUGGUACUACAGGUAAUCAAAUGAUGCAAGUUCCUUUGGGAAUGCAGCUCAUGCAGAUUCCAACUCAAGGUGGCGGCACUGUUCGUGUCCCUUACUCAAUGAAUGCUAAUGGUGAGAUUGCGUUCAGUGGAAUGCAACUCAGCCGACAAGGCUUCAGUGGGGCUCAAGUGCGCCAAGGAUUCGAUGCAACUCAAGCUCGAACUCCGCAAGCUGUGAAAACUGGAUAUUUUGAUACGUCAAAUGUCUUUCACGAUGCUAUCAAGGAAAAGGAUGAGAAUGGCAAUGAUGUCUACCUUAUUCCAUGUCCUGCUGAUCGAGGUCUGCAGUUUAUCCAAAGCCACAGAAAGGAAAGAGAUCCAUUUGGGUUGUACGAUCAUGUCAUCAUGGACAGUGGUUGCACAAACACCACCAUUUGUAAUGGUGAGCUCAUACAUGGACUCCGUCAUGCUGAGAAGGAACUUGAUAUGCACACUACCGUGGGCAGCAGAGUUCUUGACGAAGAAGGUUUUCUAGGAAGAUUUCCGCGUCCAGUUUAUCACGAUGAAGAUGGAAUUGCCAAUGUACUUACUAUGCGCGAGAUGAUUGCUGCGGGAUACCGCAUUACUAUGGAUACUGAUGUUGACAAUGCCUUUAUUGUGCAUUGUGAUGGAAACAGAAAGAUGCAAUUUGUGAAUCGUAAGGGUGUGAAUGUGUUGGAGCAACUUGGAGCAAAUGACGAACCAGGUGCCAAAGAGACAAGUGCAAUGUACCGUCGCCAGUUAAGCAACUUAAAUAAUCAACCCCAUUUUGAACUUUCUUCAAACAAACAGAAUGGAUAUGCUGGACUUGGGAUGACCUCCAAGAUGGCAACUGUUCAAAAGAACAAGGAAGGAUUCACUCCAAGACAAGUCAAGGCUGCAAUGGACGUGAGACUUGCAAUGCACACACUCAAUGCUCCAAGCACCAAAAAUCAAGAACUGUCCUAUCACUGA